UUUCCGGCGAUCAACGCGUUCGGUUUGUUGUGCAUUCAAGUUUUAUACCACAAUGUCGAAAUUAUUUCAAAUUUGCCUUCUGUCGCUGGCACUUGUUGUGCAGUGUGUGCUCUCGGAGGAACCUGUAGAGGGAUUGAAUAAUCAUAUUCGCGACCAGCUCCAGAAGUACGAAAAGUUCCUUGCCGCUGACGAUGGGUCCCAUAAGGAAGAACUGAAGAAUCUGAUCACAAUCUACGAAUCCGCCUUGAAGACCGAAAAUUUCGAUGAGAAACAACAAAUUGUUAAGGAAGUUCCUUCGAAGUUCUCACCCGAGUUUGGAACCUUUGUCCAAUCAAAAUUGCAGGAUGCCCAGCUAACUGAGGAUAUUACCGCUGCCAUCGCCUUCUAUAAGAACCUGAAGGGUGAUGAAUACAAGGCUGACAUUGAGAAAGUCGUUGCUGAGCUUGACGGUUUCCUGAAACUGACCGAUUUCGAGGCUAAGAAAGAUGGUUUCCUUAACAUCGAAAAGACCUUCCGUCCCGAAUUUGUCAGCUUCCUGAAAAAGGACUCUUUGCCAAAGAUCCACCACGAUCUGCAGAGUGCCGUUGAGUUCUUCACCAAAGUCCUGGCCGAUUCUGAUGUUCAGUUUGCCACCGAAAUCAAAGCCCUGAAGGCUCAAGCUGAAGGUGCCCUCGCCGAGGGAGUGUCCGUUGAGGAUAAGCAGAAGGCCCUCUAUGAAAUCACAAAUCCCGGAAACCCACCAUUGACCGAUUUCUUGCAAAAGAAAUUUGUCGAAACUAACUAAAUUAUGAUUUCAUCUCUUUCUAUCAAUCAUUAUUAACGUUUAUUCGCAUCAAUAAUUGUAAUAAACAAAAAUACAAAAAACAAAA